CGGUUGGUCGCUGGGGCGCUAACUCGGCGUCCAGUGCCAGCCAAGCUUGGGCAGGUUGUUGGAGGCAUAUUUAGUGGGCUCUUGGAACCGCCUGGAAAUCCAGCUUUUUGGAACGUGAGGCGAGACGGGAGGGACCUGCCUAGCAAUAUGGAGCCGGCUGGGGAAAGCCAAGCAGCGUUCAAGCCGGAGCUAAAAUGCCGUGGGCAAUUCUCUGGAAACCACAGCUCUAACACUCACUUCCCAAGCGCAGAAACUGCCCCUCACAUCACGAGACAAAGAGAACAGAAAAACCCUGGCCAGGCACCCCUGUGCAGAAACAUACUUUGGUAACCAGAAUUGAAGCCUGACAUGCAAGGGUGUGCGCAGAAUGGCUGUUAAAUGUUGAAUGCAGAAUGUGUGUCAACUGGAUUUGGGGGAAUUCUUCUGUUUCCCAGGGAGCUAUUAAUAUCGGACAGGUCUCACUUCCAUCGUUAAUCCCUUGAGCUGCAGCGCUGUUGGUGUCCCAGUGUGAAGCUCAUGUGUGGAGUGCCACGGUACAAUUAGAUGACAGAUGGACAGUGUGACAAAAGUGCCAGAAAGGAUUGGGCCUCACUGUGAGAGUCAGCCUGGAUUCAAAGUGUUGACAAGUUGCUGAAAAGGAAGCCAGUGGGAAGACUGUGGCACGCAGAGGAAGUGGAACCCUGUCUUCAGUCACACCAUUGAUGGAGGACAGAUGGACAGCUGUAUGGCCAAUCACCUCUCCUCUUAAACCUUUGGAGAGUGGUCCUUUGUCUUCUGCUGGACACAUAAUAGGAAUUCUGACACACUCUUUGAAUUCACUUUUCAUAAAAACGUAAAAUCAGACUGCUCUGUAUAACCAGGCUCAACUGUUACAUGGUAGCAGAUUUGCAAACAUGAGUGCUGAGGGGUACCAGUACAGAGCGCUGUAUGAUUAUAAAAAGGAAAGAGAAGAAGAUAUUGACUUGCACUUGGGUGACAUAUUGACUGUGAAUAAAGGUUCUUUAGUAGCUCAUGGAUUCACUGAUGGACAGGAGUCCAGGCCUGAAGAAAUUGGCUGGUUAAAUGGCUAUAACGAAACCACAGGGGAAAGGGGGGACUUUCCAGGAACUUAUGUAGAAUAUAUUGGAAGGAAAAAAAUCUCGCCUCCCACACCAAAGCCCCGGCCACCUCGUCCUCUUCCUGUUGCACCAGGUUCUUCCAAAACUGAAGCAGAUGUGGAGCAGCAAGCUUUGACUCUUCCGGAUCUUACAGAGCAGUUUGCCCCUCCUGACAUCGCCCCGCCUCUUCUUAUCAAGCUUGUGGAAGCCAUUGAAAAGAAAGGUCUGGAAUGUUCAACUUUAUACAGAACACAGAGCUCCAGCAACCUGGCAGAAUUACGACAGCUUCUUGAUUGUGAUGCGGCCUCUGUGGACUUGGAAAUGAUAGAUGUGCACAUUUUGGCAGACGCUUUCAAACGCUAUCUCCUGGACUUACCAAAUCCUGUCAUUCCAGCAGCCGUUUAUAGUGAAAUGAUUUCUUUAGCUCAAGAAGUACAAAGCUCCGAAGAAUAUGUUCAGCUAUUGAAGAAGCUUAUUAGGUCACCUAGCAUACCUCAUCAGUAUUGGCUUACGCUUCAGUAUUUGUUAAAACAUUUCUUCAAGCUCUCUCAAACGUCCAGCAAAAAUCUAUUGAAUGCAAGAGUUCUCUCUGAAAUUUUCAGCCCUAUGCUUUUCAGAUUCUCAGCAUCCAGCUCUGAUAAUAUUGAAAACCUCAUAAAAGUUAUAGAAAUUUUAAUCUCAACUGAAUGGAAUGAACGACAGCCUGCACCAGCACUGCCUCCUAAACCACCAAAACCCACUACUGUAACCAACAACGGUAUGAAUAACAAUAUGUCCUUACAAGAUGCUGAAUGGUACUGGGGAGAUAUCUCAAGGGAAGAAGUGAAUGAAAAACUUCGAGAUACAGCAGAUGGGACCUUUUUGGUACGAGAUGCGUCUACUAAAAUGCAUGGCGAUUAUACUCUUACACUAAGGAAAGGGGGAAAUAACAAAUUAAUCAAAAUAUUUCAUCGAGAUGGAAAAUAUGGCUUCUCUGACCCAUUAACCUUCAAUUCUGUGGUUGAACUAAUAAACCACUACCGGAAUGAAUCUCUAGCUCAGUAUAAUCCCAAAUUGGAUGUGAAAUUGCUUUAUCCAGUAUCCAAAUACCAACAGGAUCAAGUUGUCAAAGAAGAUAAUAUUGAAGCUGUAGGGAAAAAAUUACAUGAAUAUAACACUCAGUUUCAAGAAAAAAGUCGGGAAUAUGAUAGGUUAUAUGAAGAAUAUACCCGUACAUCCCAGGAAAUCCAAAUGAAAAGGACAGCUAUUGAAGCAUUUAAUGAAACCAUAAAAAUAUUUGAAGAGCAGUGCCAGACCCAAGAGCGGUACAGCAAAGAAUACAUAGAAAAGUUUAAACGUGAAGGGAAUGAGAAAGAAAUACAAAGGAUUAUGCAUAAUUAUGAUAAGUUGAAGUCUCGAAUCAGUGAAAUUAUUGACAGUAGAAGAAGAUUGGAAGAAGACUUGAAGAAGCAGGCGGCUGAGUAUAGAGAAAUUGACAAACGUAUGAACAGCAUUAAACCAGACCUUAUCCAGCUGAGAAAGACAAGAGACCAAUACUUGAUGUGGUUAACUCAAAAAGGUGUUCGGCAAAAGAAGUUAAAUGAGUGGCUGGGCAAUGAAAACACUGAAGACCAAUAUUCAUUGGUGGAAGAUGAUGAAGAUUUGCCCCAUCAUGAUGAGAAGACGUGGAAUGUCGGAAGCAGCAACAGAAACAAAGCUGAAAACCUGUUGCGAGGGAAGCGAGAUGGCACUUUUCUUGUCCGGGAGAGCAGUAAACAGGGCUGCUACGCCUGCUCUGUAGUGGUGGAUGGCGAAGUAAAGCAUUGUGUCAUAAACAAAACAGCGACUGGCUAUGGCUUUGCCGAGCCCUAUAACUUGUACAGCUCUCUGAAAGAACUGGUGCUACAUUACCAACACACCUCCCUUGUUCAGCACAACGACUCCCUCAACGUCACACUAGCCUACCCAGUAUAUGCACAGCAGAGGCGAUGAAGCGCUUACUCUCUGAUCCUUCUCCUGAAGUUCAGCCACCCUGAGGCCUCUGGAAAGCAAAGGGCUCCUCUCCAGUCUGAUCUGUGAAUUGAGCUGCAGAAACGAAGCCAUCUAUCUGCAGAUGGGACUAGAGCUUUCUUUCACAAAAAAAGAAGUAGGGGAAGACAUGCAGCCUAGGGCUGUGUGAUGACCACACGUUUCUAAGCUGGAGUGCUUAUCCUUUCUUUCUUUUUCUUUUUUUUCUUUGGUUUAAUUUAAAGCCACAACCACAAAGAGAAAAAGAAAUGCAAAAAUCUCUGCCUGCAGGGACAAAGAGGCCUUUAACCAUGGUGCUUGUUAAUGCUUUCUGAAGCUUUACCAGCUGAAAGUUGGGACACGGGAGACCAGAGGAGAGAGAGGCAGAAGAACCCUGGCCUGAGAUAGUUCAGUCCAGCCUGGUUUAGCCUGGAUGUUGCUGUGCACGGUGGAGCCAGACACGUCGCACUGUGGAUUAUUUCAUUUUCUAACAAAUGAAUGAUAUGUAGCAGAAAGGCACUUCCACUCGCAAGGGACACUUUGGGAGAAUGUCAGUUCACGUAUGUUCAGAAGAAAUUGUGUCAUAGAAAGUGCCAGAAAGUGUUUAAACUUGUCAAAAAAACAAAAACCCAGCAACAGAAAGAUGGAGUUUGGAAAAGACUUAAAAUGACAUUCAGUAUAUAAAAUAUGUACAUAAUAUUGGAUGACUAACUAUCAAAUAGAUGGAUUUGUAUCAAUACCAAAUAGCUUCUGUUUUGUUUUGCUGAAGGCUAAAUUCACAGUGCUAUGCAAUUCUUAAUUUUCAUUAAGUUGUUAUUUCAGUUUUAAAUGUACCUACCUUCAGAAUAAGCUUCCCCACCCCAGUUUUUGUUGCUUGAAAAUAUUGUCCCGGAUAUUUUUGUUAAUAUUCAUUUUUGUUAUCCUUUUUUUAAAAGAAGUGUACAGGAUGCCAGUAAAAAAAAAAAAAAAAUGGCUUCAGAAUUAAAACUAUGAACUAUUUUACAGUUUUUCUUGUACAGAGUCCUUGGCUGUUAGCCCAAGGUUAAAAAGUUCCUAACAGAUUUUUUUGGACUGUUUUGUUGGGCAGUGCCUGAUAAGCUUCAAAGCUGCUUUAUUCAAUAAAAAAAGAAAUGAAAAAGAUAUAUGAAUAUGACAAAGUAUUGCUGAGUCCAACAAUGUUGAUUUCAGACUCAAAAUACGGUACCUGGCAAUGUUUAUUUCAUAAAGAAUUGUGAACUUCUUGAAUCUAGGGAGGGGGAUGUAGUGAAGGGAUGUAUCAGGUGGGGUGGUGGGAGGGGAGGCAAAGUUGUAUGCACUUUCUCUUUCUCAUGAUUUAGAGAGAUGAAUAACUGCAAAGUGAAGUUGCUUCUUCUACUUCAGUCUUUUCUCACUUUGAUUUGCUAGUUGUUAUCAAUUAAUUAAUGACAAUUACAAAUCUACUGUAACUCUAACACAGUGUGGCUGGUCAGGUAUAUCAGUUCUUAUGAAGGAAAUGCCGAGUUUGUUUAGAACACUGGUUUAAAGGGAUAAUCUCUGUCACGUUAGACUCCAUUACGACCAGCAGAUACUCAUCUUAGGAAAAGCAUGAUCUGAAAUAAUACUUUUAGUGGGAUGUUGGUUACUUUCCUAGCUUUCCAUUUGGUUUAGAACAUAAAGCAAAUAGACACAAUCAUACUGUCACUGCUCUGGGCUGUGGAGCUUGCUCACAUCAUGGCCAUUGCAGGAACCCAAGGCAGUCCUUAUUCAUCCAAAUCACUGUAUGUGCUUCACCACGGAGAAAAGGAAGCAUAAUCUUUCCAGUUUAGGGCAAGAGAGAGCAGCGUCUCUCCCUGAUUUAGAUAGGCAAAAGCUGGUAUGUUCAGUAGGAGCUGUACAUGUGUUGGAAUAAAGACUAAUGAGUGACCCUAAUCAUGCUCACUACCCUAGCAGGUUAAAUAAAAUCCUGCAAUUUUAAAUUUCCCUUUCUCCAUAUUAGAUGUACCCACAGCUAUGUUUCUGUUCAAGUACUAGGGUGAGGGUUUUCUGUUACUUUGUUUUUUAAUGUUGUUCCUUUUGAAAGGAUCAGUCUUGCAGCUGAGUGAAUCAUCUGUAGAAUGUAUUAUUAUUUUUCCUCUUUACAUGAAGUUACUCAUACUUAAGCAAAAGUCAGUCUUACAGCAAGACAGUCCUCAAACUUGACUUUCCUGAUCUGACCAUCUCCCUCUCAUCGCCAGACAACUGACGAUUUCCCUGGUUUUAGUCUGUGUCUCUGCUCUAAAAUUAUUGUGGUGAUACCCUUCCAGAUCACACAGAAGUCUAACAGUUAAUUAGUGGAUAGUUUUUAAACUAGGUUUGUGGGUAUUUUUUUUGGGGGGGGGUAGCAAAUGUAUGCUAUUACAUACAAAUAAGUUUUCUAAAAUACAAGAUCUGGGAUUGAAUAUUUUUAUUAAAAGCUACAGUUUUGUGAAUGUUUUUGCGUCAACAUUCUUUGCAAGAGGACAUGGUAUUUAGGCAGUUGCCUUAUUUUUGCAUCUCACAAACGUAAGUGCAAUAGAUCUUUCAUUGAACAGCAAAGUAGGAUCCAUCAUUCCAUACGACUGAGUUACACCAGACCUAGUCUGCCCAAUGCCUUGGUUGCAGCGUAGCUUGCCCACAGCAUUUGUCAUUUUAGAUAUUUGGCCAGCCGGGCACUCUGGGUUUUAUCAGACAGCCUCCUAACAACACCGUAUGAACGGCUGAGUAUGAAUAGACACAGCAGAGGCACUCCUGAUACGUGAUUUUAUCCAUGCAUCAGUUUUUCCACCCAGUGUAGCAUCCUGAAGAUAAAGCCAGAAGCUAAGCUGCAGUGAGGCUGUGAUAGGGCAUAGAAGUGGGAGCAUUGGAACCUCACGUUACAUACACGAGAUCAUAACCACGUGAAAAGGCAAAAAGCAUGUGUUUGCAACAUCUGACAACUUCACGGCCUUUGAUAUAUGUAUAUAUGUAUAUGUGCAUGGACUGUGUUUCCAGUACACCUUUCAGCCAAAACAGAUCCACAGUAGUUGAGUUCAAGUACAUAACAAGCAAAUGUCUAGUACAAUUCUUAUAUAUGUGUAUGGGCUUUUUUCCCUUUGAAGUUGCUUUGUUUUGUCUUACAAAGAUGAAAAUUGUUUGCAAGUGAAGUGAGAAGUUUGUAUUUCUUUGGCUUUUUUGUGUUUUUAAAAGCUACGCCUUUUAGGGAGCUGGUCUGGAUGACUUGCUUAGCUUGGAAAUCCUUGUUCUUAGUGUGUCGAGUCAAAAUGUGUUUAUGUGAGCUGUCACUGUGGGGAACCAAUUGCUUUGUCAUAUAACUGGUUAUGAACUGGUAACAUGUUUGGGAAGUCCUACUGAUGUUCCUCUGAAAGAAAAGUUCUGCUGGUUUUAACAACUGUGCUUUUGCUAUGCAUGGUAUCCAGGUUAGUUAAAAAGCAGACCCUGAGAUCUGUUUUCAGUUUAGAGUCAUUUCAGAAAGGGGCAGUUUAAAGCACAAUGUCUCACAUGGGACAAAGUUCCAAAAUGCUAAAUUCUUAUUUUUUAAAAAUCUAGUUCUAUAAAAUAUUGGUAUUAUGGGUGGGGAGGAAAUGGAAUUGAGUCAAUUAGAAUGACUAUCCAACUUAACAUGAAACUUGUCACCAUGAGAUAGCAUUAGCUGCCCAGGAUGCUGCUAUAUAUAUAUAUAUAUACAUAUAUAUAUAUAUAUUAAAAAAAAAAGCAAAACAAAAAAACUCAUUUAUACCUGUGUAUUUUUUAAAGCUACAAUCUGUUCAAUGUUUUUACAAAUCUGUUUAUAUGACAUUGUUAAAAUAAAGUUGGUCUUUUGACGAGAGGGAGGAUGUCAUGGUCAGUUGUAAUUUUGCCUUCACAAGGCAACUGGGGUGGGGGGUGGGGGGUAGUGUGCCUCCUUGACAUUUUGUUCAAGUUAUAGAUUCAAUGGAGCUACGUCUUGUUUUCAGUUGCUUUAAUGCAUUGUAUUAGAUCUUCAAACAGAAUAAAGGUUGUUUUGAAACUUAA